CAGAGAGGAAGUAAACAGUGAAUAACAGAGACGGACAGAGACGAGUAAGAUUGACGUUGUUCAACAAUACCAGAUGCUGCAGGACGCGGUCUACUGACUAGUCUUUUUUCUUCUGCAGUCUGGUUUUUUAGGCUGGCUUUUAUUUUUUUAUAUAUAUUUCGCAUAAUGGCAGAAAGUAGCUUCAUAAUCGUGAAGAGCCGUUAGCUUCUAAAGCAGCAACAAUUAGUUGUUCUGGUGUGUUAAUUAAUUUAAUUAAGACCUCCUGGCAGAAAAAAAGUGUCCUCCAAACUUCAGCGUUGGCUCUGCGGAUGGCGUCUGUAGUCUGCACCUUACGAGACCAUCAAGACGACAUCAACUGGUGUGCCUUCUCCGCCAAACUGUUGGCUACCUGCUCCGGGGACAAAACCCUCAGGAUAUACAAUGCUGAAGACUUCUCCGAGCUGCCUUUCUCGCCUCUGAAGGGACACAGCUACAGCGUCCACUGCUGUUGCUUCAGCCCCUGCGGCCAGUUCCUCAUCUCCUGCUCCACAGAUGCGACCACGCUGGUGUGGUCCAUGGUCACGGGGGGCAUCGAGGCCGUCCUGGAACAUCCCGACCGCAGCCCUGUUCGGAUCUGUGCGCUGUCUCCCAACGCGGCCCACCUGGUUUCAGGUGCGUCUGAUGGCACUUUGGCUGUCUGGGAUUUCCACUCUAAGAGGCUGUCCAGGACUGGAGGAGUGAGAGACACAACAAUGGUAGCUUGUUCCUUCAGCCCUUGCAGUCAGAUGUUCAUGACGGGCUCCACCUAUGGAGAUCUGCGUCUGUGGGAUCUGCACUUAAACCAACUCCUCGCAAAGAAGGAUGCCCACGACCUGGGGGUGUCCUGCUGCAGCUUCGCUCCCAGCAUCCUCAGUGGCAACCAAGUUGUGCAGUUUCAUUUGGCAUCUUGCGGACAAGACUGUCACCUGAAGAUCUGGGUUAUUAACAAGUUCACCUCUGGAGGCUUUGACAUGGUGCUCCUACAUACACUAACCGGCCAGACGGCUCCGGUCUUCUGCUGUGCGUACUCCUCUGAUGGGCAGCUGCUUGUGUCUGGCUCAGUGGACAAAAGUAUCAAGGUCUAUGACGCGAAUAAUGCCGUUCUGCUUCACACACUGAACCACCAUGACAGGUAUGUGACAGCAUGCGCCUUCCAUCCAACAGCACCACUGAUCGCCACCGGAUCCAUGGAUAAAACCGUAAACAUCUGUCUGCUGGAGGACGGAUGCAGGGGCGGGAAGUCGUUGCCUGUCCAGCUCCACCUGGCAACGAGGGACACAGGUGUUGUGUGCUUGAGUGCUCUCUCUUCAGCCUCAAGUGUCUCAGGAAAAGCCACGGCGGGCCGAUCGAAGCUGCUGGUCGCUGAUUGGUCGGAGGGGGAUGUGUCAGAGUGGCUGGUGGAGGAAGGGCUCCAGGGAUUGGUGGACAAAUUCAAGGCCAAUAACAUAGAUGGGACAGAGCUGCUGAGUCUCACCAAGGAGACGCUGGCGUCAGAGCUGGGCAUAGAGUCUGUCGGCCUGCGAGGUAAACUCCUGAGGAAAGUGGAGGAGCUGAAAAGUGGUUCAAUAUGCUCCGGGGUUCCUGAUGAGUUUCUGUGUCCAAUCACCAGAGAGCUUAUGAGGGAACCGGUCAUAGCAGCUGAUGGCUACUCGUAUGAAAGGCAGGCAAUUGAGAACUGGAUCCACACCAAGAACCGUUCCAGCCCAAUGACCAACCUUCCCCUGCUGACAACACUCCUCACACCCAACCACACCCUCAAGAUGGCCAUCAGCCGCUGGAAGACCAGCCAGUAGCGUCCUCCGACCAGGUCGGCGUGUUUCCUUCUGAAGUCCAUAGAAACAAGAUGCAUCUGCUUCUGAUUUAUUCUCACGCUGAGGUUCUUUGUGGAGGAGCAAAGCUGGAUUAGGUAAGGACGAAGAUUAAGUGUAGAUCUGUCCGACUCUUAACAUCGGAGGCUGGCAGCUGCAACACAGCAGAGACUAAGAUCUGUUUGUCACCCCUGUUGACAGACAACGUGUUGCUAAAAAUAUAAUAAAUGUGGAAUAAUCAGUUUAAAAAGUCACAAAAAAAGAAAACUUUUCAUUAGUUGAUUUUUAUUCAAGUUCCACGGUUAUGUUUUUAUUUACUUUAUAAGUGGGUUCACAAUUAUGUCAGAACAAAUUAGAGGAGGGUGAUAUGAUGAUGUUAGAUCAUGAAGUACUAGAAUGUGUUCUGGAAAGUCAGAAAGUCAAAGUUGGUAAAACUGAACAUCUGUCGCCACCUGCCUACCUUAUAUCAGCAUGGGAUAUACUGGCAUUAUGAAUAUUUCCUGAAGUCUUAAUAUUAAUCAACCCGAGCUGUGAGAAUCUGUUGUCAGAGAACACGGUGAUGUUGUUCUUUGCCUAAACUCUUUACGUUAUUUAUUUCUAGAAACUCUGCAUUACAGAUAAAUAUGUUCAUUUUCAGAAACGAGACCUUUACCUGAAAUACCGCUGAUCACCACUUGGUGCUUAUUUUGAAGCAUCUCUGGCCUCUUAUAUUGACUUGCACUUAAAAUCUGUAAAGAGGAUGAUUAAAGUCACAGUGCCAAAUUUAUUGGCACCUUUAAUAAAGACGUGUAGAAAA